UGCUUCAAAAAUGGUAGUCUAUCUCAGUUUUUCAGCACUUCUUGAUAGAAGCCAAAAAGCCAUAUAUCAUUAACGGGGAUAAAACAGUUUUCGAUUACUUCUCGCACAGAAAAGCAUUUAUUACUGAAAAAUGUGGUGUUCUUAAAUCCAAGUUAGGCUGACCGUUUCCUACAAUCGCGUUGCGUCGAGUCUAAUCUCUUCUGCAUGUAUUUUUCGACAAUCUUAAAGGCUUUGAAGAUGAUUUAUCAACUAUUUUGGUUCUUAACGACAUGUCUCACAUUUCUGUUCAAUGCCCUUUGGCUUUGCUGCAAUUUUGCCUCGGUUGGGAUCCCGUGGCUUAUGCUGCUGUUCUUCUUAGUCUGCAUAGCGUCCAAAUUUGUCAAACUGAGAUGUCCUGCUAGCGAUAUCGUACAAUCCAUGCUGCACCGGAGUGAAAAAGGCGUAGGAUCUGAAGUGCUGUACUGGCCAAUAGUUAGCAGGGGUGGGGCCUUCGAUGCUCCGGAGAACUCUCUCGCAGCCAUAAAUCACUGUUUGUCGCAAAAAUGCUACAAUAUAUUACUUGAUCUCAACAUCACAAGCGAUGGACACCUGGUGGUGCUGAAUAGGACAACGUUGGAGAAGGCCAAUAUAAAUGAGCCCAUUCAUAAGCUGAAGCUAAGUGCUCUGGAAAAUUUCAACAUUUCGGAACAUCAUCCCCUAGGGCAACACUUUCAAUCCGAAAAGAUAAUCACGUUCGAAAAAUUACUUAAACUAUUGGAAACCAACGAGCUGACGGUGUUUCUAUUGGCAACGCAUACCAGUACAAAACUGAUCGAACUUGUGCGAGAGGCAAUUGGAAACAAUUCUUUCUUCACCAAACGAAUCGUGUUCUGCUGUUCUUCACCGAUUUCAAUUUAUCAGCUCCGUCAACACUGUCCAGACCUUAUUUGCGGAUUGUGGAUGGAAAAGUCAUCACUUUCGCGCACUCAGCAAUAUCUCAACGCAUCCACAAUUCUGAUGUCGGUCUAUGGCGCAAUCUUUCGGAACAUAGUAUCGCCAGUUAUCGGAAUCAGUUUGGUGUUUAUCCACAAGGACGAGUUCAAUGCGCAAAUAUCGACCUUAUGGCACAACGUGGGCGUCCGACCGAUAGUGUACACAAUCAACUCACCGAAUGAGAAACGAUACUUCCAGCAAGUUACGAAAACACAAUACCUGACAGAUUCCCUCCGUUCGGAGCCGCAGGUGAUCUUUCGAGGGAAGCGUAAGUAAAUGCUAGUUUCAUCAAAGUAUUAGAAGAAGUAGCGUCGAGUCAUUGAACGAUAGUUGAUGUGCUAUACAGCAUCAGAUCAGCGUGAGAUACAGAGUGUGCAUCAUCCUUUCUAGAGGCCAUCUCAACAUGCAUUUAUGAAAGCUUUAUAGAGUUUUGUGUUCCUUUUAAGCAGCCCAAUGAGUUUCUUUUGCAGAAUGUAUAUUUAUUUGUUUUAGUAUAAGGCCUUAUGAACUAUUUAUUACCUGUGGUAUUUCUCAUCUAUCUAGUAAAGGUUACAUACCCCAAUGAAAAUCAAAAGAAGAACCCAUUUUCAUCCCCCUGUCGCAUUGUCAUUAUCAAUCGAACGAAACGUACUAUACUCAUCCGGACUAGGAUUUCGAAUACAUUUAUGAAUCGAUAUAGGUUUUACAGAUAUCUCUAAAUCACUGUGCAGCAAACGUAUUGAAAAUGCUAUUGUUUUUCAAGCUGACUAAAUUUACAUUUGUUUUGUAUCAAAAUACAACACUAAAAAGAUAUGAAAAGCAGUAA